AUGAAUCCAAUCAAACCAAAUCACCCUAUUGCACAAGCUGAUGAAUUUAUCGAUAAUGAACCAAAUGAGAAGUUGAGUAGUGUCGUUUUGGCACCUUUUUGGUCUUGGAAAGGUUUGCGUACUCGAUGGGCUGAUCCACUUUUUCGUAAAAUGUUACGCAAUAUUCUUUUACUAUCAUGGUCAUGGAGUCUUGGCGAAGGCGCAUUUUUUAUUCAAGUCAGUACUACUACACUAGCAGCUAAAAGCUUCGCCAAUUGGCAUCUAGCGACAGUACCUAUUGGCUGUAUGCUUUUAGUUGGUACGAUAUGGUCGGUAUUGCUACCUCUAGCCAUAGCUCGUUUCGGUUGUAGGCCACCGCUCUAUGCCGGUGCUAUGAUGGGCAUGACUGGAGCUGCACUUUGCAUAGUGGCAACCUGGUAUAAGCUAUAUUGGCUAUUAGGAGUUGGAGCUGGUUUUCUUGGUGGACAAGUGCCUUGCACAUUGUAUUAUCGUUUGCUCGCAUUACAAUUUUCAACGCCAGAAUUUGCUCCAAAAGCAAUUGCGAUGGUCAUCGCGGGAGGUUGUCUAUCAUCUAUUAUCGGGCCAGAAAUUGCUAAACAUACAGUAAAUGCGUUACCACGACCAUAUAGUGGUGCCUAUCUAACAACAUUAUGUGAAUGUACGUUACUUCUAUUAUCGAUGACAUUGAUUCAAUUUCCAAACGUUAAAAAAGCAGAUUAUGCCAUAGUAUCGACUUUGCCAUCAAAGAUGGCUGUUUCAAACAACAAGAAAACAACUCGUUCAAUAUUCGUUAUAGCAUUUCAACGAAAAUUUUUGAUUGCUGCACUUGGAGGGUUUGUUUCAUGGUCUGCCAUGGCUGUUCAGAUGUCAGCCACUCCACUAGCUAUGACGAGAGCUGGAUACCAGUUCUCUCAGUCAACAACAGUUAUUGAAUUCCACUUGUUGGGAAUGUUUGUACCAUCUUUUUUCACUGGAACUCUUUGUAACCUACUUGGAAGUCGACUGGUUAUGUUAGCUGGAUUAUUGAUACAACUUACGGGAGCACUUCUAUUUCAGCGUGGAUUUCAAUUUAACCAUUUUAAUUUAGGUCUGAUUAUCGUCGGAGUCGGCUGGAAUUUCGGUUACGUAGGUGCUUCAGCAUUGCUUACCGAGUCACAUCGACACGACGAAAAACAAAAAACACAUUCACUGUAUGAAGCAAUCGUUAUGUCUAGUAUAUCAAUUGCGUUCUUUUCAUCGGCAUUCAUGGAACAGCGUUUUGGGUGGAUUACUUUAACCGGAAAAAUAAUAAGCACGUAUUUAGCAUUGGCUGUUCUUAUAGUAUUUGUUGACACAGUUUUAGCGUUAUUUCAAUCUAAAGAUGUUCGAAUGCCGCUGCCAACGAACGACGAAGAUAUUCAAACUCCGGCAUAA